UCCAAAAAACAGCUGAGGUCCAACCGAGGGAGAAAAAACCAACCACGCGGCCCUGGUUUACCUCAUAGAAGGUCAUCCGUUCUCCUGUUUGCCUCACCUUGUCCACUCCUCUUUACAUACACAACUCCCAACCCUCCCUCACGAUGCUCUCGAGAAGACUUGUCGCGACCGCGCGCUCCGUGCCGCUGCGCCGGUACCAGCCGCGCCAGCUUCCGCUGCAGCUGCCACAGAUGAUGCAGCAUGUCCGCAACUAUGCCGACAAGAUUGUCAAGGUGCCGCAAAUGGCCGAGUCCAUAUCCGAGGGUACCUUGAAGCAAUGGACCAAGCAGGUUGGCGAUUUCGUUGAGCAGGAUGAGGAGAUUGCAACCAUCGAGACUGACAAGAUCGACGUCGCUGUCAAUGCCCCCGAGGCUGGUACCAUCAAGGAAUUCCUGGUCAAUGAGGAGGAUACCGUCACUGUCGGCCAGGAUAUUGUCAAGAUGGAGCUUGGCGGCGAAAAGUCCAGUGAGAGCAGCAGCUCAGGCGACAAGAAGGAGGCCGCCGAGAAGCCCAAGCCCAAGCCCGAAUCCGAGUCCAAGCCAGAGCCGCCCAAGAAGGAGUCGAAACCGGAGCCCAAGCAGGAGGAGCCUCAAAAAGAUGCGCCCGCCAGCAAGCCAGCUGCCCCGGCCAAGGAGACGUCGAAGCCCGCCUCCAACGAGACGGCAGCAAGCGCCGCCCCAACCUUUGGUAGCCGCGAAGAGCGCCGUGUGAAAAUGAACCGCAUGCGCCUCCGAAUCGCCGAAAGACUUAAGCAAUCGCAGAACACUGCUGCAUCCCUCACCACAUUCAACGAGGUCGACAUGUCUUCUCUCAUCGAGUUCCGGAAGCUCUACCGCGACGACGUGCUGAAGAAGACGGGCGUUAAGCUCGGAUUUAUGAGCGCGUUCUCCCGCGCCUGCGUUCUGGCCAUGCGCGACAUCCCGGCCGUGAAUGCAUCUAUCGAGGGCCCCAACGGCGGCGACACCAUUGUGUACCAUGACUACGUCGAUAUCAGCGUGGCCGUGGCUACCGAGAAGGGUCUCGUGACGCCUGUUGUUCGCAACACCGAGUCGCUGGACAUGCUCGGCAUUGAAAAGGCUAUUGCCGACAUGGGCAAAAAGGCCCGUGACAACAAGCUGACUAUCGAGGACAUGGCCGGUGGUACCUUCACCAUCAGUAACGGCGGUGUCUUUGGCUCCCUCAUGGGAACUCCCAUUAUCAAUCUUCCCCAGACUGCUGUUCUGGGACUCCAUGCCGUCAAGGAGCGCCCUGUGGCCGUUAACGGCAAGAUUGAGAUCCGCCCCAUGAUGUAUUUGGCCCUCACCUACGACCACCGCCUCCUCGACGGAAGAGAAGCCGUGCAGUUCUUGGUCAAGGUCAAGGAGUACAUUGAGGACCCCAGACGCAUGCUUCUGUGAAUGAAGCUGCGUUAUUUUCUGUAGAAACAGCAACACACCACACACACACACACACACACACACACACAAACACGCACGCACACACACAUAUACACACUGCUACGUUCGAAAGCAUUGCCACGACCGAAAGAAAACUUUAUACCAUCAGCUAUGUUACCACUUAGACGAAUUGAGAGAGCAGGAAGUCGAGAGGUAGCUUUAAUACCACAUAGUGACACAUGCAUCUUGGUAUUGUCGAUCGCUUUGCGCUGGUUGUCGAUCUUUGGCCACACCACAUCGAACAGAAACUACACAUCUAGGUAAGUGGGUAGUGCGAAUAGGUUCGAUGGUAGAGAAAUCAUCCGUUCUUGUAUUGUGUACGUAAGCAGAGUGCCUAGGCCAUUCAACUCCCUCUUCUCGCGGAAGACAUCGGGCAGUUCUGUAAUACACAAUCUGUGCUAUGCACAGUGCACCUGUACGAUGCCGGAAGUCCCUCAUUAGGCGAGAUUAGUAGGGACAUGAGCAAUGACUUGGAACGCGCGAGGCUCUCUGCCCUGCCCGCGUUGCAUCCCGCUCGCCUGCACGGCGAAAUAGAUCUGCUUGACACUCACGGCGGGGCAUCCGGGAAGUGGCUACAGACCUUCGGACUGGAUAGAUAAUAGUGGGCGGGCGCGACGGGUUCUGCGAUGAGAGAGUUGGGUGUAUGCAGGUUUGGUCAGGCUUAGUCGUCAGAAGCCUUUUGUUGUCUCUUGUCAAGAGUGUCAGGGGGCGGCAGGCCGUAUGAUGUGCACACACGCAGCGAGGACAUGGCAAGACAAUACAGAUUUGUGCAUGCGCAACAACCAGCACAAGCAUCUGACCAACCACUGCAAGCGGCAGCCGCCCCUUGCAGGAGACGUUCUUCCGAGCAAAGCAGAUGGUUCGCCGUAGCGGACGCUUGGAAGGUCUGAGACUCCUAGGUAGAGUUGUUUUCGAAUACAUAGUUGCCCGUCUACAUCGUGGAUGAUUUCGUCCCAAGUAGAUAGUGCAUGACUAAAACUAAGGAAGCUAUCCUACUGCUUGUUCAAGUCACACUGAUCAGUUAGUCGGUCAAUCCCCUGGACUCACGGGCCAAGCAAUGAGAUUCUGAUGCGCCGAUGCGAUGCACUGAUCCCGAUGGGUCCAACGGUCCCCUAUUUCCCUCGGAUAUCGAGUCCAAUCUCCUUCACAUUCAGCACCCUCUGAAAUCAAUGGUCCUUUACAGCGACAAUGUUAAUUAACAAACCCCCAGAUAAAAAUAAAAAAAACAAGCGAUGCCGGAUGAAUUAGAUUACCCAGUAGCAACAGCACGCGGAUGGGGGAAGCAACG